AUGUCCAAAACACUCACCUCGUCUGGUCAGGAAUACAUCUUUGGAUCGAAAUAUAAAUUAAAGCGAAAACUUGGGUCCGGAUCAUUCGGAGAUAUUUAUUUAGCUGUAGAUAUUUCAGAUGGGGAGGAAGUUGCAGUAAAACUCGAGCCGGUCUAUGUACGAGUUUUCUUCCUGGCUCGCCACCCACAACUAUUGCAUGAGAGCAGAGUGUACAGAGCUUUGGAAGGAGGUACUGGUAUACCUCGUAUGAGAUGGUUUGGGAUAGAAAAAGGCUACACUAUUAUGCCUGAUAAUUUUCUUGUGGGCAGUGGCAGAAGUUUUCGUAGGCUGUUUUUAAUUGACUUUGGAUUAGCAAAAAGAUAUCAUGUUGCCCCUUUUCGUUCGCAUAUUCCAUAUCGCGGAGAUAAGAGUUUAACUGGGACGGCGAGAUACGCUUCUAUUAAUGCUCAUUUAGGCAUUGAGCAGUCCCGCCGUGACGAUUUGGAAUCUUUAGGCUACGUUUUAAUGUAUUUCAGCAGAGGGUCUUUACCUUGGCAAGGACUGAAAGCAGCGACGAAACGACAGAAGUAUGAAAAAAUUAGUGAGAAGAAAAUGUCUACUCCUGUUGAAUAUGACUAUACUUUUGACUGGACUGUGUUAAAACAAACCAUUGCAUCGGGUCCAACUCUUCCUGGUACACAAAUUGGGUCCCCGGCCUGCAGGCCGGAUGGUGAUUAUGAUCGUUUGUGA